AUCGUCAGUCUUCAGAAAUACACCACACGUUCGCCAUUUUGGUGUGUUCAUCAGAGAAAAUAUAAAAAGUAAAAUAACGAGUGAUUUAUGUAGAUAAAGAAAGCGAAUUUCGUGAAGUUAGUGUAAUUAUUUAUAACAUAACUUAUUUUUGUGUGUAUGACCAGAUACCGCUAGCAAUGGAUGAUAAAGCGUCGUGUAAAGAACUGGAUCAGUGGAUAGAACAGUUAAAUGACUGUAAGCAACUAUCGGAGAAUCAAGUAAAGACACUCUGUGAUAAGGCGAAAGAAAUCUUGUCGAAGGAGUCGAACGUACAAGAAGUAAAAUGCCCCGUAACAGUCUGCGGAGACGUUCACGGCCAAUUCCACGACCUGAUGGAGCUGUUCAGGAUAGGAGGAAGGAGCCCGGACACGAACUACCUCUUCAUGGGCGACUACGUAGACCGUGGUUACUACUCGGUGGAAACAGUGACGCUGCUGGUAGCGCUCAAAGUCCGGUACAAAGAAAGAAUAACGAUCUUAAGAGGCAAUCACGAGUCGAGACAAAUCACCCAAGUUUACGGUUUCUACGAUGAAUGUUUGAGGAAGUACGGUAACGCCAACGUUUGGAAGUUCUUCACCGAUUUGUUCGACUAUUUACCGCUGACGGCGCUCGUCGAUAGUCAAAUUUUCUGUCUGCAUGGAGGGUUGAGUCCGAGCAUCGACACUCUGGAUCACAUUAGGGCAUUAGAUCGUUUACAAGAGGUUCCCCAUGAAGGUCCCAUGUGUGACCUCUUAUGGUCGGAUCCGGACGAUCGUGGCGGAUGGGGAAUUUCGCCGCGAGGGGCUGGUUACACUUUUGGACAAGACAUUUCCGAAACGUUUAAUCAUUCAAACGGUUUGACUUUAGUUUCUCGGGCCCAUCAGCUAGUAAUGGAAGGUUACAAUUGGUGUCACGAUCGUAACGUCGUGACCAUUUUUAGCGCUCCGAAUUACUGUUACCGUUGCGGUAACCAAGCGGCCAUCAUGGAAUUAGAUGACGCUCUAAAAUAUUCAUUCUUACAAUUCGACCCAGCACCUCGUCGUGGCGAACCGCACGUGACGCGCAGGACACCCGAUUACUUCUUGUAAUUCUUAUAUUUGUCAAUCGCAAUAUCAUAAACUGCUUAGAUAUAUUGUAUUUGUUAACAAAAAAUGUAGCGUACAAAUGGCGCAGUCUGACGGAGAACAGCCCUUUUCCCCGCCCGAUUCCCAUACUAAUAAUUUAACACGAAAGGGGGGCGAAACGAGCUUUUUUCUAAACUGUUUUGUUAAAUUAUUAUCAAAUUCGAGUACUGAGGUUUGGUAGGUUUGCCCUAUUCGCGACCAAAUUAUUAUACAUAAAUAUAAAACUACAAGGUAGGUAUGCAUGUCCUAGUUAUAUACUCAGUGUUUUUAAUUAAAAAGUGCAGUUUUUUUUUCGAUAUAUUUAUGUAAAAACGUUCAGAUUAUGUACAGAUGGUUUCUUUUUUUUUAAUUAAAUGAAUAUUGUUGAUGUGUGAUAAUUAUGUACAGGGUGUUUGCCCCCUGAAGAACAGUAAACGACACCUUGUAUGUGAAUUUUUACGAUAUCAAUCGCUGAAGAUACAUUACCCGAAGGUCUUAAGUAUAGUGAUGUUCAAAAAUAAAAGUACUGCGUUUGGCUAUAAUCUCGUUUCAGUUAACAUUUGUGUUUAAGACUGUACAUUUGGUUUUCUGUGAAGUAAAAAUUAUUUCUAA